UGUUACCCAUGGAGAAAUCUACAGGUCUGAAUUUCUAACUUAAUAAAGUUUUAUCGUAUAAAAAUUUUAUAACCGUCAUCGGAUGACGUUUCCCUCAUUUAAAGGUAAAAAGUAAGCAAGUAAUUUUUUAUUUUACUUCUUCUUUUUCCUUUGUACUAGUUAAAUGUUCGUGGGAAAAUUUCUUCCAGCAUCACUUUGGAAGAAAAAGAUACGCUACCUGGAAUAUCUGGAUUCUUUACUUUUGAAAGGGCUUACCAUUUAUAUUUUUCUUCUUCAUUCUUAAUAGCAUCAGGCAAAGGCUUUCAUGAAAAGUGCACUCAUAUUUGGAACUACGCUUCAGAGUUCUGUCAGGUGCACUCAGUUCAUUGAAAAGAGCAAGAGAGAAGGUCAAAGUAAAAGCAUAAGCACGUGCAUUAAGUCAGCCGUUAGUCGCCAAGUUGAAGAAUGUUAGAUUAAGAGGAGUAUCAUUAUGAAUGAUGCAGUCUUGCUUGGUUCUGAAAUGCAUGAAUGGUGAAAACAGAUUCUUACUCACUUCAUUGUAAUGAAGGUUUUGAAAGAAAAUAAAGGAUGUAAAGAUUCGAAUGGAGAGAAUGGGUCCUGCACUGCUCCUUCAAGCACUUCUACGAGACCAAACUGGAAUGUGAUGACUGUAAGGGGUAAAGUUACGGACAAAUGCUUGUGGUCUGCUUGCAAAGCAAUGACUACUGGUUUCCUGUUCAUAGUAGUUGGUGCUGGAAUGGCCACUCUAGGAUUUUAUUCUGAUCACCUUUCUACAGUAGAAGAAACUAAGGGUAACACUACAGUAUGGGUUAAGAAUGAAAGUAAAGAUACACAUUUAGGAAGUCUUACUUAUUUGGGUCCUGUGGUUAUGGGUAUUGGAGGAUUCACAAUUGUUGCUGCUUGUGUUAUGACCUUUGAAGCUAGAGAUACAGCGGCUAAAAUUGUACCAAUAUGGUUCAAACGAACCCGAGUGCAUGUGGUAUCAGGAGGAAGUGGCAGUACACCAUCUGAAAGAUCAAGUAAAACCUCAUGGGAGAGAUUUCUAAGCCAGCAGAGACCCAGCGAAGAUGUAGCAGAUGCUAGAUCUGCAGUAACACAGGCAUUAGUAAAUUUCAGUAAAUAUUUGCAAAACAGUGUUGAUACAAACAAAAUGACUUCGCAAAAUACAAUUGUGACAGGCCAUCAAGGUAUUGGCCUUCGAAAAUGCCCAUCGGAACCAAGUCUAGCAAAAAUGCAAAGAGAUGCAAAUGGUAAUAAUAUUCCGGAAGCAGUGGCACUGUUAGAAGCAAGUACUCCUCAGCCAUCGCAACGCAUAACUUAUGGAGGAUGCAUGACUCAUGGAUUAAAGACUAAAACAAGGACCUCAAAACCGCAGCUACUUUCAGUUGCACCAGAUGCAUAUCGGCAGGUUGUCUCAAUGGACUGUCCAAGAUCUUCCAAUCAUCAAGAUAAUGCUGACGAUACCCAUGAUUUUAAUGCAACUAUUGCAACACCGGUUCAGAUGACUAACGGAUAUGAGACUAGAGCCUUGCCCUUUCAAACAUCUUGUACAAAUAGUUCAAGUGGAUCAAUGUCUGUGGAUAUAUAUUUACCUCAAGGAGCCAUUACUCUAAAAGUACACGAUGACAUGAAAAAAAUGGGAAAAUUGCCUCUGAAAGUAGAAAAUUCUGAUGACAGUCGCUGUACUAAAUUUAGUCAGCAAAGUGACAUUCAGUUGUUUGGGGAUGACGACGAAUGUUAUUCAAAGGACAUAGAUGAUAGUGUUUUCAUAAAUCAAGAUGUGCCUGCAACUACUCCUCAAAUUAUACUUAACACGUUAGAGUUAAAAAUUGUUAAUGAAGCAGAAAUAUGUCAGCGUGACAAUCAGGCUAGAACUAAGUCCGUUGGAGACAGAUCUUUGACUGAGUACGUGAUAUAUAGUCCAAAGAACUCUAUGGAUAAUAAAUCAAAAUUUCUAGAACCUCAGUCAUCAGAAGAUAGCUCCCGAUCACUAACAUUUUCAGCUCAUUUUUCACUUGACCGUUCGGAUAGAAGUUCUCCCGGAAUAGACAGGCCAUCAACGGUUAAUCUGCUAUCUCCUCGAAUUAAUACAUUGUCACCUACACCUCAAGCCAACAAUUUCAUGAAUAUGGGUUCCUUUGGUUCACAAGAGUCUUCUCAAGAGGUAGAGUCCCCUUUGAAGAUUUAUGACUCACCGUGCUUUUUUAAUCGCAGUCAUCAGUUAGCAUCAAAAAACGAAGAAAUAGAUGGCCAAAUAGUUUAUUCAGAUACUUCGAGCGUGACGGCAAAUGAAGCUGACAAGAACUUAAGUAUUUCAACUUUGUCCAAAUCUUUAAAAUAUUCUCCCACGUUUCGUUCAGAUUUAGAUCCACAUGAUAUGGAUCCUAAAUCCAUCCCUACAAAGUGCAACUCUUUAGACACUGCUGAAAGCGGAACAUCAAAAUCUUAUCUUUCUUCCUCCACUAGCACAAGGCUAUUAUCUCAGGGAAAUGCAACAGCCACAUCAAAUCAGUAUCUGUCAUCCAGUACGUCUUCAGGUCUCAGUUCCAUACCAUUACCUUCUCAAGUAGUCCUACCAUUAUCUCCCAGAAAAAGUAGAUCUGAAAGUUUGCCUGAACGCCGACCUUCAAUAAAAAGAUUUCCACUUCUUAGACAAGCUGCUCUUGACACUUUUGCUGAAGAAGGAGGUUCAAUGCUUCGCUUGGAGCGGUCUCAGAGUCAGAUAUCAACUCAAGACAUGCAUUCCCCAGACGCAUAAUAAAACUUCUCUAUGAUUCAAGGUUGUUAAGUCUGAGGAAGACUAUUAAAGCUGUGAUAAUUUAAAAAGCGAAGCACAAGAACUGCAUAGCGCAUAUCAUACUCUUAAGUAUUUAAUUGAAUGAUCAAUAUCUUAAUGCAACAAAAUUCAUGUGAUAUGAAUUUCUUCCUGAAAUGGUUCAACGAUGAUAUGAUUUGUCAUCAUUCCUAGCGUUUAUAUUUUUAGUUUAAAUUCACCUGCAGAAGUUGCAUUCGCAUUUGAAAACUCAAAAUAACUUACGUGCCAGAAUUUAAUACAUUCAAGUAAAUAAUUUAAUUCGUUUAAAUACAUUUCUCUUUGUUAAUUUAAUCUGUCUAACCGCUUGAAGAGGACUUAAUAACCUGCUUUAAGUCCUCUUCAAAAAGCGCUAUUUUAUUCUGAGAGAAGAAUGCUAAGAGAGGAUUUUAAUUAAAAAUCAAUAAAAUAGACAUUAAUAACGAAUGACUUCAGCGACAUUCGGAACCAGUUUUUAUCACUCAUGCAGCUUCGUUUGUAUUGCAUUUUCUGAGAAAUUAUUUUGUACAUUUUAGAAGUAAUGUAUCAUUGCAUUUGAAUGAUGAUUAAGGUGAGUGUUCUUUAAACCUGCGUGUGACAUAUCAAAUUCUAUGAACAAAAGCUUUAUCGCAAAGAACAGCCACUCUAACCUAAGGGGAAAUAUAUUUGUUGCUGACCUUUCCUGCAACAUCUUUUAAUUCGUCAAACAUCUAAUGCAGGUUUGUUUUAUAUGUAGGCACUUCCAUAUCGUCAUAACUUAUAGCUUCUUUUAAAAUAUGAUUAACCUUUGAAUUAAAAAAAGAUUGAAUUAAAAGAAGAUAGAUAAGAUAUCUAAACAAACUCUUGGUAUUUGAAAGUGUGAAAGUGGAAAAAUUCUUUCCAUAUUUUAAAUGAAACCUAUAUAUGCUUUCCUUCUUCUUUGUUCUUCUCAACAACAAAGAAAACAAAAAUAGCUUUGAACAGCUACAGUAUUGUUUAAAGUUUGGCAACCGAGAAGAAAUGAGCAGGACACUUUGUGGACAUUUCUCAAGUCUUCUUAAAUGUGCAAUAAAAAGAAACCUGUUUUUUUUUAAUCAGUCGUCUGCAAAAUGCACUUUUUUUUUACCCAUGAUAAACCAUGCGUACAAACUUUCUAAAUAAAACAAAACAUUGAAAUGCUCCUAAAAUUUUGUGAACAAGUUGGAGAAGAGAUAGAACGUCUUUUGUGUAUUAGUUAGGCCUCUCGGUAAAAGGAUUUGACAUUUUACUUUAGGUUUUUCUGUCAAAACAGAUGUAAAACAUAAACUUUUAACGAAAUUUUUUCAACGUUUCUUACUGAUCAUACUCCCUACAAUGAAAAUCAACGAAGAACUAUAACAUGGAGUUAUUCUCUGUUACAUUCUAAGAUAGGCUUAUUUCAUUCGUCUUUACAGUGAUUUUACCGAGAAUAUUAUACUGUUUAAUUUGUAUAUGUAAAUUUCUCAAGAAGUGUAAACGUUUUCUGAAAAACUGCAAGAAGUACGUCCGCAAACUGUUUGAAAGUGUCAACAUCAUAUUAAAGUAAGAUGCUCGAACUUCUGUACAAUUACAGAAAUUUGCAGCUGUGUUAGCCUUCUUUGCUGCGCAGUAUUAUAAUUUCAUAAGUAAGCACGUGAUACAUAAUAAUAUCUUUCUUUGUUUUAUGAGGCUAUUUUGCCAAACAAAAAACUACGUUAGUGAAUUUAGCUGAGAAUACCACUAAUUUUUUUCCAUUCACUAUCAAACAGAUAGACAUUAUAACUAUGAGUUCAUUUUAAUUCAUCAGCUUAAGAACUUCUUGUUGCAUUCAUCUAAGAUAACUCGGAGAAUGAAUUUUACCUCUAUGAAUAAGCAUUAAUAUAUAAAUUCUAAGAGCUUUAACACUAAGUUCCUAGUGCUACAUUAAAAAGAUUUUUCUGCAUAACAGAUAAGCGAAAAUUUAACUUUUAAGAUAUUCCUAGCAGGUAUAGUCAUUAUCCUUUAUAUAAAUAAGCGGAAAAUCUUACAUUAUUAUUAUUAUUACUGUGACAUUCAAUUUACAUAUAUAUGGGUAAUUUACAUAUACCCCAAGAAACAGAGUUAAUUUUUUUUGUACAAAUAAAAUAAUGAAAUAAAUUUCAAGAAAGAUUUUUUAAAAUGUUAGGAUUCACAUACGGUUGUCUGUAAUUAUUCCGAAAAACAUAACAUCAUUUCAUAUUAAUAUCUUGUUUUUCCCGCGCAUGGAAUCCAGAUCGUGAUAUUUUCAGAGAAGUAAUUUCCAACCCCUUGCCUUGUUUAACUGCUCGUUUCACACUGAAAGAUUCAUGCUCAGGACUAAUUGCAGAUGCAGGAUAGAUUUCUAGAAACUUAUAGAAAUGAGAUAAAGACUUCAUAAAACUUAUGCCUCCGAAAAUAUUAACGAAAUAGGAAAUAUUAUAAUUUUAAUAUUAAAAAAUGCCAUUAAUUUUUAUUAUGCAUUUUAAUGCAAAAUUGAUAAGAAGAAAUAGUUUGCCUGCCCCCCUUCUGUGCUGCCAGAUUGCCUUUAGUAAAACCAAAUUCCGGAAAACAUGUCUUUUUAAAAAAAGUAAAAAAGUAAAAACUGAAAAACUUCACGAAAAUGAAAAAAAGGGGCAAAUAAAUCCUUUGAUGCGCAUGAGAUAGGAUCCAGAGGAAUCAUUCUGCUUUUUGGUUCCCGGUGACUUUUUGUACGUCAAAAUUAUUUAUGAGAAAAUUACAUGCAAUUUUUUAGUCAGCCACUAAAUAGUUUUAUUAAAUUACAGGUAAAACAUUUUUACAUCACAUUUAUCUACACAAGGUAAACAUUUGCAAAAUUGAAGCUUUUCACUCGACAAAUAUAUUUCAUUUCGUUGCAGUAAUUGUAGCAAAAUAAAAACUCAGAGUCCGUUUGCCGCAAAAUAUUCGUAGUUUACUCUGGUUCGAAUUUCGUCGAAUGGGCUGGCUUGCCUGGUCGUUUUCAUGGUUCUCCUCGUAUGCAACUUGAGUACAUCUUCCCUUUGCCAAAUUGCCCUAAUGUGCUUUAACAUAAUCUAAUAAAUCCUGAAGCCGGUUUUCUCUGGUCUUCAAAAUAGCUUAAUGGGAUUAGGCGACACUUAAGUGGAGCAUUCUUUGCAUAUUUGAGUCCCGGUUAGUAAUGUCUAGUUGUGUAUUCUUUCUUGUAACUGUAAAAAUAAAAGCAAAAGUAAAAACAGAAUGAAUGUAUCUGAAACCUUUCUUUUUUCAUACUGCUUGAGACUCCGCCCCACUAAUGUCCGAGCUGUAAAUUCACUGAAGACUCUAGUUCGACCCGCGUUCGAAUCAGGGCGAUUGGGCUAGAUGCUGGCUGUAUGGAAUUUUCGUGGUUUUUCCCCCAUGUGUAACUUGGAUACUAGCUAGUUUAUCUUAAAAAUUCCUCCACGUAAACAGCCCUUCUCACAGAUGGCCAUGAAGUUGCUUUGCCUUAGUCAAUAAACCUAACCCAACUUGAGAAUGCAGGCAAAAUUAAAGAUGUCACUCAACUUUGAUUCUGCUUAGAUUCUCAACUUUAAGACCUUCAUCCUAUCUUCAGAAAUGGCAUAAAUAUCAUAUCUUCCGAGACUUGUACAAUAAAUUCCUCUCGUUUUAAUGUGGAUGAUACUGAUUUCCUAGAUUUGGGAAGUAUUAAGCGUAUUCGUAUUAAGCGAUGUAAUACGAAACAUUUCUUUAAACUUAUUUAUUAAUCUAAAUAAAUAUAUAAACGCAACCGCGUUUUGCAUAUUUUUGCGUUAAAAAUAAAAUAUAACUAUUCACACAUAUUAUAAGAACUUGUAUUUAGUUCUUAUAUGAAUAUUAAACAGCAACUAUUCAAAAUGAAAUUAUUCACUGUUGUUGUUAUCGCAUUACAUGUCCAAAUCGAUAUGCCUGUGAAACAUUUAGGGAAGGAAGAAAUCGUUGUAUAUGUCUUUGGUCACAGAACUUUGGCAUCAAUGGUGAUAGCAUUCUACUUUUUGUAACUCCAUCCCAAACUAAGUCGAGACACCGCAAAGAAUAUUUCAGAAGCCCAUAACCCUCUUACCUUACCACCAAAUCACAUGGAAGAACCUUCGGAAUAAUAGACUUUAUGUACUACACCUUAGCAUAAAGACAGCAGAUUUUUAGACACACGGCGAUUAAGGUUCAGAUAAGUUGAGUUCUUCAGUUAUUAUGACAAUUUGAGCAGUCUUGCGAAGUGUGCUUUAGUGAAGAUCUUCCCGAAAGAAACGGAUUAGCAUUUAUAUUAUGCUUGAAUGCUAAUGGCCUCUCAGGGGUCGGUGGUCUCUUAAAUAAUGUCGCCCGUUUGUGAGUGAUAUUUAUAAAGAGUUUUUAUACAAGCAAAAUAAACUGAUUAAGUGUAUCUAGUGCAUUUAACAGUCGCAGAAACUGAAAUAAAACUUUACUAAUUUAUCUUCACAUGCAUAGAAGAACGCUAAAUUCAUUUGAUGCUUGGUCCGUAUUCCGAACCAUUAGUUUUACUGGACAUUAUAAAGCUAAAGAUUAAUUGUUUGGUUUAUUUGAUAAUGCCAACGUAUACGAUAGCUAUCUGCCUGCUUGAAGAACUUUCUAAUGGAAACUGACUCUUAACUAAGUUAAAAAUGGGAAACCACGAAAAGGAAUGCAGAAUAUGCAAAUCCUUUCGACCGCGUUCGAACCGAGGUCGAACUGCCAUUGUUUAACGCGUUUACUGCUUGGCCGCCCCUGAUGGGCAAUUAAACCGCUGUACUACGAUUACUGCACCUAAAGAUGGUAUUAGAAUAUUAACCGAAAUAGCAUAUUUUGCUCAGUACUGGUACUAACUGAGAUAAGGAAAUUAAUAUCAUGCUGUCAUUAAUCAUAUAGUGCGAACUAAUAAUUUUGGCAUUCUGGCAGUUUAGCCUACAUUUAGUACGUGUAUGCAAGUACGCACAUAAAUGUAUUUUACUAGAGAAUAACAUAUCACAUUAUAGAUCUCCUCUUAAGAGUAAAAUAAAAUACAGAGACAUUUUAAAGAAAUAAAACAAAAAAAAAUUAGAACAAGCUAUAGCAAAGUAUUUGUUCCAAUUUCAAAUUUCAGAUUUUGAGGCUAACUACAUAAAUUCUGUCACAUAACCUUACCUGAAAUAAAUUGCUCUCUUUCAUAAACACUAAUUUUAUUAAGUAAAAUUCAAAAGUAAUAAAGGAAUUUACCUUAUAAAUAUUUUAUGUGUGCAUUUUAUUUCUAUCAUGUCUGCAGUGUUGAACUAUAUCUGAAAGUUCCGUAAAGUUUACAAAUAUCAAAAGUGCUUCUUCGUAUCCAAACUACACAGAGGAUGUUUUAGAACGAAACAGAGAAAGCGCGUAUAAUGUGAACGAAUAUAUUUUGAACGACAAAUAUAGAACACAUUUUAUGACCGUAACUGUAUUUAAGGAAAUGAAGGUUAAUCUUCCGAAAUUUCUCAGAAAACAUUAUACGAGAUGUAAAUUCACUCAAUAAGAUAUUCAUUUAGAAGAAGAAGCCAGAGCCAAAUUUUUAAGUGUUAAUUUGAAGGCAUGUGCUAGAAAAUUCAAGGAAAAAAUGUCAGUGCCUCUAAAUAAAGUAUUUAUCAGAAAGAAUUAAAUAUUGCAAAUGAUUUGCCUUGUAGCUUUGUACGAGAAGGAAACAUAUCAUUGAAGGAUGCAAUUUUAUUCUUAAAGAUGUUAAAAAGUAAACAAAAUUUCAAGUAUCUUGCAAUAUUUUAAUAGAAUGCAUCAGAAUGUGUAAUUUUUUAUUAUGAUACAAACAUAAACAAUGAGAUUGUUUUAAAAAAUAACUGCCAAAAAAUUGAUUGAAUGAUAAUAAAUCAUUGCAUGCUUUAUAUACAAAACAAUAUACACUUCGAAAGGGAAUCGGAAAAUUUUUAAUAAAUGUUGAGUAGCAAGAAUUACUUGAACUAGAAAAGAAGAUAUGUGUUUGUGUAAUAAAUUUAUUUUUUACGUAAUAUAAGUGUUCAACAACUUCUUUCUAUGAAGAAAAUAACAACACAUAAACAGCGAAUACUGAAAUAUCGAAAAUUUAGCGAAGAAGUAUGAAGAAAUAAGUAAACAUUCGGUGAAAAAUGUGUUAUAGUGAAAUAUACCAAAUUCUAGAUUUGUGCCAUUGAUGUGCCAAAUAUUUAAUCUUUUAGUUUUAUUAUUUAUGAAGCAUAUUUGAGAACUUGUCAUUCUCUAAAUGUAUUUAGAACAAUUAAAGUGUAAGUCCAAUUUCAA